CUCCUCUCCCAUUGUAAGCAAUAAGGCAAGUUGAAGCUCCCAAUGAUUGAACUGCACUUUUCACAUUCCUAAUCACUGUUAGUUUGGCUGGGUUAGGAAGUGGGGUGCUGCCGUUUUGAUUUUCUUCGUUGUCUCUAUUUUUCCCAGCAAUCCCAGCUAUAAAAAAAACAAACAAGCAAACGAGAAGAAAUAACGAGUAUUGUUGGUCGAGUUAAUGUCUGCAUCUCUGAAGAACAAGGAGUUAAGGGGGGAAUCUGCAACAAAGAUUGUGAAGUUUACUUUUAUCUGUACAGUUUUGAUCCAGGUGUUAUGUAUUGGAUUAUGCAGCAGAAGAACACAGCGUGAAGGAAAAGUUGAAUACUGGGGAGUCUUUCUAGUUGCCUCCUCACAGUUUACACAACUUCAAACCCAGGAUGCUGUUUUUCUUUCAGUACGCCUUUAACUUUGUGUGUGGAGGUUUAUUUUUUUAGCACGCUUUUUUUUCUUCUAAGGCGGAGGAAGCUGUAAAGGACCCCAUAAGACAACAACAGAGGCUGCAGAUUUGUCAGUAACUUUUUUGGGAAAGUAAACGCCUUGUGUUUUUCUUGGUCUUUUUAAUCUCUCCAUUUUAGAUUUGGUGCCUGCGACUACCUCAGCCAUGGCUAUAAACUUUUGAGCUGCAGCAGCCGAGUGUUUGGAAAGUUGGGAACUACUUGAAGUGACUUGGUGGUUUGGAGUUCCGGGGAAAAAGGAAAAUUUUACAUUGUCUAUAGCCUACUGGAUUUGUUACAGUUUUUUUGUUGCUUGGGGAGCAGCCUAAGUGGGUGCCCAGGGAUUGCUAGUAGGCUUGACUGUCCCUUCGGGUGUCCUCACAGGCCGCGAACCCCACGAUCAUCAUGCCUCAGCUCAACAGUGGUGGAGGGGACGACCUGGGAGCCAACGAUGAGAUGAUUGCCUUCAAAGACGAGGGCGAACAGGAGGAAAAGACCGCCGAGAAUGCCGGGGCCGCCGAGCGGGAUCUGGACGAUGUCAAAUCGGCUCUAGUUAAUGAGUCGGAGAACAACAGCAGCAGCUCCGAUUCGGAGGUAGAGCGGCGGCCCCCUCCCCGGCAUUCGGAAACAUUUGAAAAGCCAUGGGACUACCUCACAGAAGCUCUUAGGAGACAGCAAGAUGGCGGCUUUUUUAAAGGUCCCCCUUAUCCGGGUUACCCGUUCCUGAUGAUUCACGAGCUGCCCAGUCCUUAUUUGCACAAUGGAGCUUUGUCCCCCAGCGCCAGGACCUAUGUCCAAAUACUAUGGCCCUUAAUCAGUAGCCCUAAUAGUUUAAAUCUGCUUAACCGGCGCUGCCCUAGUCCUGUCCACUUUUCAAACAAGGUACCUGUUGUUCAGCAUCCACAUCAUAUGCACCCCCUUACACCUCUGAUAACCUACAGCAAUGAACAUUUCUCACCAGCAACCCCUCCUGCGCAUCUUUCCCCAGAGAUUGAUCCCAAAACAGGUAUUCCACGUCCUCCACAUCCUUCAGAGCUUUCACCAUAUUAUCCUCUGUCUCCAGGUGCAGUUGGACAGAUCCCCCAUCCUUUGGGAUGGUUUGUACCACAGCAAGGUCAGCCAGUGUACUCUGUCCCGCAUGGAGGAUUCAGACAUCCGUAUCCUGCACUUGCCAUGAGUGCAUCUAUGUCUAGUCUAGUGUCUAGUCGAUUCUCUCCCCAUGUUGUACCACCACCACCUCAUAAUCUGCAUCCAUCUGGAAUCCCACAUCCUGCUAUUGUGUCUCCAGUGGUCAAACAGGAACCCCAUCAAGGCACAGUUAGUCCGAAUUUGAACUCAAAAUCCCCUGGGCAGGUGAAGAAGGAAGAGGAAAAGAAACCCCAUGUAAAGAAGCCUUUGAAUGCUUUUAUGCUUUAUAUGAAAGAAAUGCGGGCAAAAGUGGUUGCAGAAUGCACUUUGAAGGAGAGCGCAGCUAUCAAUCAAAUUCUCGGACGGAGGUGGCAUUCACUAUCCAGAGAAGAGCAGGCAAAGUACUAUGAACUGGCAAGAAAGGAACGGCAGCUGCAUUCUCAGCUUUAUCCUAAUUGGUCAGCUAGAGAUAACUAUGGCAAAAGGAAGAAAAGAAAAAGAGAAAAGCAACAGCAGCAGCAGUCCCAUUCUUCAGAGACUGACAAUCCUCUUAUGUCAAAGAGUAAAAAGCAAUGCAUUCAGUACCUGCCAGCCGAGAAGACAUGCGACAGUCCAGCAUCUUCCCAUGGAAGCAUGCUGGAUUCUCCUGCAACGCCGUCUGCUGCAUUGGCUUCUCCUGCUGCUCCAGCUGCCACUCAUUCAGAACAGGCCCAGCCUCUCUCCCUAACUACCAAACCUGAAGCAAGGGCACAUCUGGGCUUGCAUCCUUCAUCACUUCAUUCAACAAAGUCUGCCUCAUCCUCUGGCCUGACUUCACCAAUUUGUUCCCCACUUAGUAGCCAUUCACCUCUGCUGUCAAGGCCUAUGCCUUUUACCUCAGUACCGUCUUCGAUAUUGACUUCUCCGGCAUCUUUCCAGGCUACAAUACAUUCCCAUCACGCUUUGCCAAUGUUACAGGCUCAGCCUCUCUCCUUGGUUACCAAAUCAACUGACUAAAUGUUUUUAGGUCUUUUUAUAUUGCUGCUGUAAAUUGCUUCAGCAUUAAUAGUCAGAUAAAAAUGAAGUUAAUGGUCAAUAUUUGACCACUUUUUAAAAAAUAUUUUGUAAAGAUUUUCUUUAGAUAAAAGCGGUUUACAUGUUUUAAAGGUCAUUAUUCAAUGUUACAAGUAGCUCAUUUACAAAUUUUUAAUUCACUGUAUUAUAUAUAUAUAUUUUUCUCUUUGACAGACAAAAAUUGUGUAAAUAUAAACGAAACAAAGAGUUUUGUAAUUCUGAAUUUCCCCACAUAGAAGUAAUUCCUAUGUUUGGUAUGGGAAAAUAGUGAGGAGCUAGUCACUGUUGAUCGUCACAGUAGGCAUUGGGGCAGAAAAAUAAUUGGUCCUGUUUUCACAUACGUGCAGUUUUGAACAUGUUCCAUGUUUGCCCAGUUAUGUAGGAAUACGGGAACUGGGUCAGAAAUUACUUUCUCUUGACAGCUUCAAAUGUCGAACUUUGAUAGUAUCUGCUUACAUUUGCUGGUGUUUAAAGUUGUCCUUUUUUUUAUAGCCCUUUUGCCACCUGCACUAAAUUAAAAGGUUGCAAAUCGGUGUGUAAUUAAAUGUGUGUGUGUGUCUAUAUUUGAAUGGGUAUGUGUGUAUAUUUGAAUGGUCUGUUUUGUGUAUACCUAUAUCCAGUCUCUGUCAUUUACAUUUUGAUAUAUUUAAUAAGAAAAACAAAACACUGUAAUGCUUAUAGAAACAUUUUGUUACUCCUUUCACCCCCCAUAAUAUGUGCCGUCGCUUCUCAUAUGCUGUUUUUAAUGUUUUUAAUGUUUGAACUUGGUGAAACAUUUCAAAUUCAUUUUAGGUGGUAUGCUAUGGAAUUUACACGAAGCAAGUGUAGCAUUGCCAGAAUUUGCUCCAGUGUAUAUAAGUGCGCUAUUGUGCACCAAGAAAUACUCCCGCAGUUUGUAGUGGCCUUGUGGUGUGUGUGUGUGUUUUGCCUGUGGGAAGUACAGACUUAUUCUCAGAUUACACACAUAUGCAGUACAAGUCAUUUGGGUUCAGAAGAUUGCAUGGUUAAAUGCAUGCAGCUUUUGAUGGGAUAGCUUGGUAUUGCUGAAGACCUGCUGUACUCUCUCGAGUCUUUCUGCAGACAGAAACUAGCGACUUGAAGUACAACAUUGAGCAAAAAGAGUGCCCCUGCUAUCAUAGUGGCAUGAAACACUCCAUAGUAGUAGUACCCCAAUUUGCCAAGUCAUAAGUGGAGCAAAUAAUUUAGUAUUAUUUGAUCUAUUUAUUCUUUCAUCUUUUAAUAUGCCUUCUAGAUACAAACAUCUGCUUUCAGGAGUAAUGCACAGGAGUAAUGCAACAGGACUGAGUUAGACUUGAUCAGUCACACAUUUUGUGGUUGAUUAGACAACAUUUUAAAUUUGUAUGUAUACUUUUGUGAUUUCAUUGUAAAGCCUCUUUGUUUUGAUAGUUAUACUAGAGAUCUUUCAUUGGCACUUUUAUUUUGCACAUACCUAUUCUGUACGUGCUUUUUCUUCACAUACAACGGCUCAGGUUUAUAACUGGCUACAGUUCUAAACUGCUCCCCUUCCAAAAUGCAGUGCUUUCUUGAUUUCUGCAGCUGUAGUGCUCUUGUUUUGACUUUGAUAUUACAGCUGCAGUGAACUGUAGAGAAGUAAUUUACUGCGGUGCUGACUUGGUAUGAUACUCAUGUAUUUGACUAACACCAGCUCCGUAGGUGCCAGCAUAGUUGGUCAUAUAACUGUAGAUAUGUAACAGUGAGAUAAAGAUUACGUUGGUGAAGUGCCUAUCCUAAGAAGAUGUCUUUUGCUCACCAGUUUUGCUUCCACCUUGUGUUUAAAAUAUAGACAGACUGCCAAACCUUGCAGCACAGAACAAAUGUGAAUAAAAUUUUAACUGGGCUCAUUUACAGUGAAGCGAACUGAAAAGGGUUAUGUGGUGUUUCUUUUGUAUACAAUUAUGUUGUAAAUAGAUUCAUAAUCUUUUAUAAGGAUUACUCUUUCUCCAUUGUUCCAUUUGGAAUUCUGCCUCUGCAUGUAUGUGUUUGCAGAGCUGUGGGUGCUGCUUUGAUGUAGAACUGUUGUAAUGCCCAUGGUACAUUAAUGUAGAGUGAAGCAAUUCCAUGCUGAGGAACAAGAAGUAUGGAUGUCAGCUAAACUAGAGGUAUGCUCCUCCCAUUCUAGGAUGUUUAAGCAGCAUAUGCUCAGUCAUCUUCUUUUUGAGUAAUGCGCCUUACAUGUUUGCUUCAUUUGAUGUAGCCCUGUCUAGGACUGAUGCUGCACAUCCUCAAUGGAGAAGAGCGUUAACGACUGAGAGAGACUUUCCCCUCCUCUGUUGGUGCACUUCUUAUUUUUUUUUUGUUUUGUUUUUUUUCCCUGAAAUAUCUAUUGAUUUUUUUUUAAGUUGCAAUGUACAUAUUGAAUUUGUAACUUGUGUUCUGUUUCAUUAUUGAAAAAAAUGAUGGUAAACUUGUAUUAAAAUAAAACCUUUUUGAGACCAGGUCA